AGUCAAACCUCGCCCCUCCUGGGAUAUACGGAUCUGGGUGUGUACAGGCUCCGCUUCAGGGCUCGGAUGGUGCUGUGGUGCUUAUUAGUCCUCCAAACCCCACUGCAGAGGGCAGCAGGGCUGGGAAAAAAACGAGAGAGAGAGAGAGAAAGCAAGCAGCUGGGUCGUUCCCAUCUGCAUCAAAGCUACUGCCAGACUGGGAAUGGAUUCAUGCAGUCUCAGAACCGCUUCUGCCGUUAUCCCAGUACCGGCUGCAGCGGGGCUGCUCCCAGCUCGGUGAUGGAUGCAAUUGUCCCUCCUCCGGGUUUGGGGGAGGGGGGGAGAGGGAAGAGGGGGGCUCUGGGUGAGCCCCGAGCUCCCCGCGGGAGGAGGCUGCUGCUGUCCCCGCCUCCCGCUGCCGCCCCGCGCUCCGCUUCGCACCGGCCCCGGCAGAGGCAGCGCGGAGAGCGGCCCCGUUCAUCCCGGGGGGAGCGGCCCCAUCCCGCCGCCCGCGGCCGAGGGAGGAGCAGCCAUGCCGCACUUCUUGGACUGGUUUGUGCCUGUGUACCUGAUGAUCUCCAUCCUCAUCCUGGUGGGCUUUGGAGCCUGUAUUUACUACUUUGAGCCUGGCCUCCAGGAAGCCCACAAGUGGCGAACGCAGAGGCCGAUCAUGGAACGAGACCUUCGGAAGACGCUGAUGAUUCGGGACAACCUGGCCUUUGGGGUGCCCGAGGUCUGAUGUGCCCACCAGGUGGAUGGAAGGCCAGAGGUGGUGGGAGGGGACUCAUGCUCUGCUGAUUUGGGUCUUCUGCUUGCCACUCACCCUCUGGCCCUACACUCCUCAGGUUUGUACAGCAUGGCAGGCUCAGAGCUUUCCAUGAGCUCGUAGGCCAUCUUCCAGCCAAGAGUUUUUGCUCCUCCCCAGGGAUGAUGUCACUUCUUGGAGCCAUUCACACAAAGGGUCCCAUAUUUGUCACCGGAGCUGGAGCUGCCUGGCUUCUUGGCACCACCCCAGGAGGUCUCUGCAGGGGUAACAGGAUAGGUGAAGCUCUGCCAAAUAAGGGUUCAGCAAGAUCCUGAGACCAAUUCUACUGAAGAUGCUCUGCUUUUCUGUUGGGGUUUUGGAGAUGGAGAACUUCAGAGCCUGGUGCUCACAGACUGAUGUUUUCAGGAGCUCUGCCUUUGCGUCGAACAUUGUUUCUGAAGAGGUUCAUCCAAGUCCCGUGUCAUGCAGUGCUGCUCUGCAGCUCUCCAGAUCUGUGAUGUAGACCUCUCCCAGUUGCCAACCCUUCUGCUCUCUGCCACUGCAUGAGACAGGACACAUCUCUGUGAGCUGCCUUCUUCAAUGCGGAUAGUCUCCAGCUCUGUGCCGCUGUCGCUUGGCUGUCACUUUCAGCACAAGCUCAGCCAUUCCUUUACUCACAUGUCUCUGAGAAGGGACAACGCACUUCCCCUCUGUCUGGUUCCUUGAAUCAAGACAGGUCUCAAGCAUUGGGCUGGAGUGAGUGAACAAUAUAAGCUUUGUAAUUCUCUGGGGGUAUGAGGCAAUUUUUAGCUCUGAGGGUUUUGAUUCAAGAAGGAAUGGGUCAGGGCAUCCUGUAAAUAUUGAGGUCUUUCAGGCAUGUCUCAUCCUCCCAGACUGGAGUAGUACCACUAUUACCUUCCCCACCAACACUGGGUACCCCGGCAGGAGCUGUCAGUCUCCAUUCCAAGCCAGAGAAGCUGAGACCCAUUCAAUUCAGACAAGCACUGGGAGUCUCGAUGUGAGUCCCCUGGCUGGGUAGCCUCUCUCAGCAGGGAAAUGGAGCCAGCGGGUUUACUCAUGUGCCAAAAUUUGUGCUCGCUGUGCUGAGCAAAGGCUCAAAACACAGGUGCAGUCUCACAUAGGUGCAUUCCAUGUUUGUUGUGCCUUGGUUUCUUGGGGCUGGGAAAAGAACUGCACUGCAUGGUACCAAGUGCCAUCCUCCGUUUUAUCAACCACAUUCCUGCCCCAGCCUGCUGCCCUGCUCCAUGCCAUGAUCUCUCCACAGCUCACUAAGUACUAUUGUCAAUAGAGUCCACAGCAGAAUAAAGGUGUGUGCAAACUGUGUGCCCACUGUGUUGUUUCCCUGCUGUUCCCCCUGGAGCUGCCUCUAGACCGUAGCACUCAGUUUGGCUCCUUGAGAGCCCAGCAGCUCUGCAUUGG